CCCACCCCUCCAGCUUUCAAAGGGGGAGAAGCCAUGUAUUGUCCUGUCUGUGUUGUUUCUCAUUCGCACACAGAAUCCCUGGUCACCUCCCUCCUUGGGACUAGCUCCAGCUAUGCAGAGGGCUCUGGGCUCCACUGGUUUAGAAAUAGGCAGGGGUUUAACUCCAGAGCUGGGUGUGUGUCAGCAAGGACCCCAGAGUGCACAGAUCCUGGAAACUCCUAGUGAGGGCGUCACAAUUCUCCCCAGAUGUCUGCCUCUCCCAAGGGGUCUCUGUGACCAUGUUCCCGUCCUCUGGAAUUGCACGAUCCCCCAACACAGGCACAGGUUCCAUUCACGGAAUGCCCUUUAUGACAGAUGCUCUCUCAAUCUUCCACGCACCCUGAUCUGGUCUGAUUUCCCCCCCUGCGCAGGAUUUCCCAUUCCUAAACCUGAGCUGAUCGCCCGCCUGGAACGAGGGGAAGAGCCGUGGCUCUCGGAUCUCCAGGCCUGCAAGGAAAGAGAGAUCCUGAGAGACGACCACACAGCAGGUGCUGAGCGAGGGAGUGAGAAUGAGGACGGGAAUCAUCAUGAUGUUCCUGGGGAAGUGGAACCACAGGGGACCUUUGUGGAAAGAGCUGAAGGGAAUUUUUCCCAGUGCUUGGAAGAGGGAGAAGCCUGGGGAAAUUGGCACAGGUCCGAAAGGCUGAUGGGAAACCGCCGAAAGAAGAAAGUGGAUGAAUCUAUUAACUGUGGGAGAGGAAACAAGGAUCCCACAGCCCAGCAGACAAAUCCCAAGGAAGAGAACCCCUACCACUGCCUGCAGUGUGGGAAAGGAUUCAUUGUGAGAUCACAGCUUCUUAUACAUCAAACAAUCCAUAACAGCUCAGACUUCAAUACCCAUGGGAGAGUCGACACGGGAGAGAGACGCUAUCAAUGCCUUGAGUGUGGGAAAUGUUUUAAUUGGACGUCAGCACUUAUUACACAUCAGGCAACCCACAUGGGAGAGAGACCCCACAAGUGCUUGGAGUGUGGGAAAAGCUUCAGUAACAGCUCAAAUCUUACUAAACAUCGGAGAAUCCACAUGGGAGACAGACCCUAUAAAUGCCUCGAGUGUGGGAACUGUUUCAGUCAGAAGACCACCCUCAUUAUGCAUCAGAAAACCCACACAGGAGAGAAACCCCAUAAGUGCUUGGACUGUGGGAAAAGUUUCACACAGCGAUCGGCCCUGAGUACACAUCAGACAAUCCACACAGGAGAGAGACCCUAUAAAUGCCUCGACUGUGGGAAAAGUUUCAUUCAGCGCUCACACCUUCUUCGACAUCUGAGAAUUCAUACUGGGAAUAAACCUCAUAAAUGCCUCCACUGUGGGAAAAGUUUCAUUCAGAGAACAAACCUUAUUUCCCAUCAAACAAUCCACACAGGAGAGAAGCCCUAUAAAUGCUUGGACUGUGGGAAAAGCUUCAAGAACAGCUCCUAUCUCACUAAACAUCGGACAAUCCAUACAGGAGACAGUCCCUUUAAAUGCCUCCUCUGUGGCAAAAGUUUUGUUCUCAGUUCCGACCUGAUUGUGCAUCAGAGGAUUCACACAGGAGAGAAACCCUACGUAUGCUUGGACUGUGGGAAAAGCUUCAAGAACAACUCCUACCUUACUAAACAUCGGCGAAUGCACACAGGAGAGAGACCUUAUAAAUGCCUCGACUGUGGGAAGUGUUUCAGUCAGAAGUCAUCCCUUAGUACCCAUCAGACAAUCCACACUGGAGAGAGACCCAAUAAGUGCUUGGACUGUGGGAAAAGUUUCACCCAGCGAUCAGCCCUUGUUAUACACCAGAGAAUCCACACAGGAGAGAGACCCCAUAACUGCUUGGACUGUGGGAAAAGUUUCACGCACAGAUCAGCCCUCCUUAGACAUCAGGCCAUCCACACAGGAGAGAGACCCCAUGAGUGCAUGGAAUGUGGGAAACGUUUCAUUCAGAGAUCAACCCUUAUUAGACAUCAGGCAGUCCACACAGGAGAGAGACCCCAUGGGUGCUUGGACUGUGGGAAGUGUUUCACCAACAGAUCAUCCCUUAUUAGGCAUCAGGCCAUCCACACAGGCGAGAGACCCCAUAAGUGCCUGGACUGUGGGAACAGUUUCAUUCAGAGAUCGAACCUUAUUAUACAUCAGAGAAUCCACACAGGCUAUAAACCUCAUAAAUGCCUGGCCUGUGGGAAAAGUUUCAGGAAAAGCUCAUACCUUACUAAACAUCUGAGAACUCACAAAGGCGUGGGAGACCCACGGAACAGCUUGAUUGCGGAAAAAGAGUCAAUCCGAGCUCACACAUCAGUGAUCCACAAGACAGAGAGACCUUGAACAAUGGGGAAGCUUCAUUUGGUGCUCCCAGAGAAUCGGGCAUCAGCAAAUCCGCACAGGAAAGUAACCGCUGAGAUGUUCUCAGCAUGGAAAAUGCUCCAAGUGGAACUAACACCACGUUGGACAUCAGACUCGACUCCGCACAGCAGGGAAAUUCUCUCAGGGCCCUGACUUGGGCUGACCAUGGUAACAACCCCAUUUCCUCGUUCCCACACACAUCAGGGGCAUUUGGCUCCCAAGGAUCCAGCUGCCCAUGUCUGGAGUGAGGAUCCAGCAGCAGCCGAGCAUCAGUGACCCUCUGGCUCUGCCUGGUCUAAGCAAACCCCAGGCAGAGGAGGAGAAGCCCCAAUCAGCCCCUCCUCCCUGCUGCAGCCCUGGCUGCUGAGCUGAUGGGCCACAGGUCGGGGGAAGGGAGAGAGAGAAACUCCUCCAGCUACUCCCUCUGCCUGGCUGAAGUUCCCCCCUCUCCCUUCCCCUCCCAGCCGGGAUCCCCCUGCCAUGGAGAUGAGGAGAAGGACACUUGGGCCAAGCCCCAUCUUCACUCUACACACCUGUCCCCUCCCCCAUCUUCCACCAGCCCCUGGGCUGGGCUCCCCUUUACCUGGGUCUGUUCCCUGUAGGGGAGUGUCCCUGGGGGCUGGGAACUCCUCCCCUCCCUGAAUCCCCCAGGGCGCUGGGCUCUGGGGGAUCAAAUAUUGAGGGACCUGGGUGCUGGGAUAGGAAACUGGGGAUUGAAUGGUUGAGGCUGGGGGAGCUGGGUGCUGAGCUAUCGAGUGUUUGAGGAUCAUGGGAGAAGAGGCGAGGGUAAGCACAGGGUUAGAGAGGUGCUGCCUCUCCUGACUCACCCCCUCUGCCCCUUCUCCCUGCCCCCUCUGCAUUCAGACAGCACCACUGAGAGGGGCUGAUGCCCACAAGGACCCUUUGUGGAAGGCCCCGAGAUCCUGCCUCCGCAGCAUCAGCCUCCAAGGGUCUGUCUAUGGUAGGAAACGUGAUCAGGAUCAGCCAGAGCAUCUCUAUGACCCUGCACCAGAUUUCGUGGUGUAAACGGUGAGACUCGGGCAGACCAGGUGCCAGCUCACUCUGGAGCCCAAGGCCAAUUCCCUUGUGUAUUAGGAUAGAUUAAAGAGAUUGUUAAAUGUAUACGAGUGUAUUUGGUGUUUAAACUUCAUGAAAAGUAAUGGGAUGUUCCUUGCAUUGUUUUCACUUAACUAUAUCUUGUUAUAAUGUAGUAGCAAAAAUAUUUGCAUUGUGUGUACCCCCAAAACUAAAUAACCCAUCAAACGGGGAAGAAGCCCUGUGGAAUGCAAAUGAACUUGAACAGGAAAGAGCUAAUUUCAAAGCAAGUGGGCGUUGUGUGUUAUGGCCGGAGGUCAAAGACUCAAAAACGCAUUCCUCACUCUCGGUCAUCAAAAGAAGAGCCAACGUGGGGAGUGACCCUGUCAGUUUGUUUUCUGUGAGAAGAAGCUAUAAGUAUGGAUUCAAAGAACGAUCCUGUAUCUCUGGCCUCUUUGGACUCUUACAGGGAAGAAUACCGCAUAGAAAGCUGUGAUCCCCAGGGACAAUCUGGGUACCCUGAAAAGACUUUUGGGAACCUGUCAGUUUAUUACAUCUCUGCCACCCUUUGGAAUAACAAAUUGUGACUCACCUGGGCAUGCAUCUUACCUGCUUUAACCUCUCAAUAACUCUCACUUCCUUUUCUUAGCUAAUGAUCCUUUAGUUCAGUGGUCCCCAACGUGGUGGCCGCGGGUGCCAUGGCACCCACCAGAGCCUCUGUGUGC